AAAAAAAAAUUCAAAAACAAGAUCACCGUAUUCCACGAGAUCUUUAUUUCAUUUCCAUUUCUUUAAUAAUCUCCCCCUUUUUUUUACCUGUAGCUAUAACACCAAAAAGCUGCAAACCCUAGCUCCGGAUUUUGUCCCACAAAAAAAUAAAUUUGCAGAUCUGAGCCCAGCCAUUGGCAUUUAUUCUGUACAAGGGGAAUUAAAGACUGCGGAUCGUAUAAGAGAGUUCUUUAGAGUCUUGGUUUUAUGCAUGGUUGCUUUGUUCUUGGAUGAUUCUAUGAGAGUCAAGAAAAUGCGGUUUUGAGCAGGACGCUGGAUAUUGUUACUUAAGAGUGAAAAAUAAAAGAGGGAUGCGAGUUUUGUGGAUACUGGAUCACAUAUGUUACGACGUCUUGGAUGGUUAAUUGGCUUGAAUAAUAAAAGUGGACAAGCAAAGAAGUUACCAGAUGCAAAGCCACUCCUGGCUAAAGUACAGCCAGCGGUCAUGUUGGACACUGUCCAGGAGAUUGCAAUUUACAUCCAUAGGUUUCAUAACCUUGACCUUUUCCAGCAAGGAUGGUAUCAACUUAAGAUUACUAUGAGAUGGGAUGAUGAUGAGCAUGAUUCUGUAGCGACGCCUGCGAGAGUUGUGCAAUAUGAAGCUCCAAAUCUUGGUUCUGAUGAUGGAUAUGGCAUAUGGCGGAUUGAUGAUACAGACAACAGUUUUGCGACGCAGCCUUUUCGAAUCAAAUAUUCUAGACAGGAUGUUCUUUUAUCAGUCAUGGUUGCAUUUGAUCUACCUCUUACUGAAAACGAGGGUCCUUCCUCUUCAGCUGUCAUUUUGAAGUUUGAGCUUCUGUAUGCUCAUGUAUUGGAGAAUGGUUUUGAGUUUCAGGCUUCUCCUGAUGGUUGCCCUGCUGCUGUCCAUGAAUUCCGAAUCCCUCCUAAAGCUCUUUUAGGACUGCAUUCAUAUUGCCCUGUUUAUUUUGAUGCAUUUCAUGCCGUUCUUGUUGAUGUAAGUGUUCACAUCAGUCUGCUAAAAGCUGGUUCUCGCAAGGCCCCAACGAAGGUACCCAGCGCUCCUUAUACUGCCACUGAUGAUGUUGCUGGUGAAAGUAUUGAUGGAUCAACUCAGGUGCUGGAUGAAGGGUCUUCUACUGAUCUGAAACAGGUCAUGCUUGUUAAGGCAUUAUUAAAUGCUCGUGACACACUGCUUGGAGAGCUACAAAAACUUGGCAAUGCUAUUAAUCAAGCUGUUGAUUUAAAUGAAUUUACAUCCAAAAUGAACGAUUUAAAGUUAUUUGAUACCUUCCUUCAAGCAAAUGAGGUUACUGCUGAUGGUGAAGUUUCAGGACAAGGCAAGCCACAAAAUGGUCUUGAGCGAGUAAAUGGCAGAUCAGAAUUUCAAAGUGAUAGAUUGCUCCAGAAUUUAUCCAAGGAAGAUAUAAUUAAAAUGUUUCAUAUAUCGGGUGAUCAAAUGUUAUAUUUAUGGAACUCUUUUCUGAAUUUCCACAGGGAUAACAAAACACAGAUAUUUGAAUUCCUUCGUGAUGCAUGGGCUAAGGAUCGAAGAGCUGAAUGGUCAAUAUGGAUGGUAUACUCCAAGGUUGAAAUGCCUCAUCAUUAUAUAAAUGGCAGUUUUGAUGAGUCUUCCCACCAAAUUGUGCAUAAAAGGGGUUCAAGCUUGUGGAAGUUAACUGAUGAUCCUGCACAGAUAGCAGCUAUGCGGGCUGAGCUUCAUCGGCGAAGUAUUGCACAAAUGAGGAUUAACAAUCGAUCAAUCCAAGACAUGCAAAUAUUUGGAGAUCCUUCAGGAAUUCCUAUUGUAAUUAUAGAACGUGUGAUGAAUGCACCUCGUCGCACUUUUAGUGAUAAAUCAUACUUGAGGAAUUUGGAUAUAAUGGAUUCAGCAACCUCACACACUGGUCUUAGUUCUGAAGCUGGGAAAAGGCCAUCAAGUACAAGUGCCCUACAAAACGGGCGUGAUUUGAAGAUUGUUGUCUUUGUCCAUGGGUUUCAGGGGCAUCAUCUGGAUUUGCGGCUUGUUCGGAAUCAAUGGCUUUUGAUAGAUCCCAAGAUAGAGUUUCUAAUGUCAGAGGUAAAUGAAGAGAAAACAUCUGGAGACUUCAGAGAAAUGGGACUAAGGCUGGCACAUGAAGUGAUUUCUUUUGUUAAAAAGAAAAUGGAUAAAGCUUCAAGAUCAGGACGCUUGAGAGAUAUCAAACUUAGUUUUGUUGGGCACUCUAUUGGAAACAUCAUAAUUAGAACAGCAUUAGCGGAGAGUGCUAUGGAACCUUACCUAAGAUUCCUCCAUACAUAUGUAUCGCUAUCUGGUCCACACUUGGGAUAUCUAUACAGUUCAAAUUCUUUAUUCAAUUCUGGGCUGUGGCUUUUGAAGAAGCUCAAGGGUACACAAUGCAUUCAUCAGCUCACUUUUACAGAUGAUCCAGAUAUCCGUAACACUUUCUUCUACAAACUUUGUAAGCAAAAAACACUGGAAAAUUUCAAGCAUAUAAUCCUCCUCUCUUCGCCCCAGGAUGGUUAUGUUCCAUAUCAUUCUGCCAGAAUUGAGUCAUGCCGGGCAGCAUCAAUGGACUACUCCAAAAAGGGAAAAGCAUUUUUGGAGAUGUUGAAUGACUGCUUGGACCAGAUACGGGCCCCUACCUCUGAGCAGCGGGUGUUCAUGCGUUGUGAUGUCAACUUUGACACAUCCUCAUAUGGCAGGAACUUAAACACAUUCAUUGGACGAGCUGCUCAUAUAGAGUUUUUGGAGUCGGAUAUUUUUGCUCGGUUCAUAAUGUGGUCAUUCCCAGAUCUAUUUAAGUAAAUUAUUGUGGGAGUCCAAGCCUGGUAUCUAGAUAGGUUGCCGAUUGCAGAGCCCGUGAUCUCUGUUUCUAGUUUUCAAGCAUCACAGAGCAACACUGGCCUUGCAUUUGGUGUAGGGUGUGAACGGUAGCCACAUUCUUGCACAUUGGACGCGUGGAUAGAUGCAUUGAGAUGGUAGCCGCUGUAAAUUAUUGGGUUGAAGAUGCUUCUUUCGAAAGGUUGUAUCUUCAUCUCGACGAGUUUUUUUCCCCUUUACACGAGCGUUGUUGGCUUAGCAUAUCUCAGAAUACAAUUUCAAGUUAGAGUGGCCAAGGUUUUUACAGUAGAUAUUGUCUAGAAAACUAGCAAUGUAAAUCCAGUAGGUUAGAUUCACGUUGUCGAUUUUACUCGAUCACUGGGUUCGUAGCAGAGAGAAUGAUCAUGCAUGUAAACAAGCCGAAGCAGGGGAGUGGAUUCUGCACACAAUGAGUGCAGCACUAUAAUUUAGGUUGACAUUUCCUACUUAUGUGAAUAUUAUGCUGACUUGUUCCCCUCUGCAGCUGCUAAUGGUAUCGCAUUUGUACU